UAUAUCUCUACAAAAAACUAAUGGUAACUAUGUUUACAUAACAUGUGUACUAAAAGAAAAAUCAAAGUAAACCGAUUUCCUCAUGAAUUAAAUUAUAGUGAUCCAACCUAUGAAGUUGACAACAUUAUACUAUUUUAGUGAACACGCGGUAGCUAGGACAACACAGCACCCACCAAAUUAAACCGCAACGAUGCACAAACGCCUUUAAUUUUGUGUCUCAUAUUUCCAAUACCAGCCUUUAAUUUUGACAACACUUUGAUCCUGACACUUCCAUGGUGCCACCGUGGCCAAACACCUCACACUAAUCACAUUUCCUUCUACGUCUCUCUAACAUAAAAUGACAUAACAUUAGAUUAGAUUAAAUUUAAAUAAAUAAACAAUAUAGUUGCACGAAAAUGAAAAGCACAAAAACCACAUACAUAUAUGUCAAAAGAGAGAAACGGCUAUGGACAACUAUUAAUUAGGACCAAACACUAGGAUCCAACUCCAAACAUGCGUCAACUUUGAUUUGUACUACUGUACGGUCGGUGGUGCUGUCGGAAGAUAUUAUACACACACAUAUCAUGUGGAAAUUGAAAUCUGUGUUUUCAUAAAAAAGACUAUAAAACACUGCUGCUCCAUUUGAAUUCAGAUAUCAGAAUAUUGCUUCCUGAAAACAAAAAAAAAAAAUGACUAGUAGUUGUCUCAGUGCUCUUUCUCAAGCCAUCCACAAGAAGCUCCACCGGGCAGUAGCUAAUCCGUCGCAGAGGCGCAACUUGUUGCAGGAGCUAUUUGCAGAUGUAGCUUUAGAAGUGGAUGAUCGGGCGAAAGUUGAUGAUUUUGAGUCUCCUGGGUAGAACAGAUGUAAUAGUGAAAAAGGAAGAAGAUGUUAUAUCUCCUGCAGAGGAUUUGAUUGAAGGUCCGUUAUGUUUCUAUGAUGUUCUUGCUGAGUAUUUUGCCAGAGUUCCAGAGACUGGAAAACGUAUUCUUGAAAUGAUUGUUCAAAUGUGGACCCAAUCAUUUGCAUCCAACAUAUUUGCCCUCCUCUUCCACAAAUGGUUAUUUGAAGUUCAACUUGACAAUUCAGAAGUUCUGCUUCGCUACUCAGCUGCUCUUGUUCAAGGUGCCACUAAUGUUUUCUGGAUUGACAUUCAAACACACACAAGGCGUUUCCAGUCUCUAUUCCGUUACCUUCUGCAAGAUGUUACAUUGGUCCCCAAUCAAUUGAAUAAAAUCCCAGUUCAGGCACAACGAGAUAUGUAUCUUUUGCUUUCAAGGUUCAUGCUCUUUUACAAUGCAGCUCACAAAAUGGAUAGCUUUCUGAAACAUUGUCCAACUUUUCCAAAUGCCUUCUUGAAUGGUGGCCCGGCAGAUAUAUUUGUUACAGAACUUACUGAUCAGCUUCAAAAGUUGAAGGUGGAACCAGUACUACUGCAUUACCUUUCAGAAAUUAAGGUCCUUCAGGGUACUAUGGACUAUAGUUACCAUGAAAUACUAUACUCAAAAAAUUCUUAUCUCGAACUAACCCCCUUUUUAUUUUAUUUUUUUUAUCAAUAUUGUACAGGCAUGGAACUUAGAAUGACUACAAGUACAAGACUAAAAACUUGUUUGUAUAGUUUCACUUCUCCUGGCGGUCUGAUGUAUCCCACUAGAGCCGUUUGUCAUACGGCCUGGGAAGCAUUGGAUUUGCUCUUUCCGGUUGGACGAUACCCUCGGCAUCUUAUAAGUUUGUUCUUUAGAUUGUUAUAUCCCUGGUAUUGGCCUUCCACUUGCUGGAACUUGGUGGAUUUUUGCAUUAAGGCAAUCCUUUACUCCUUGUUGAGGGUAUUAUUGUCCUUCUGGGCAAAGAUUGCCAAGCCAAAGUCAUCUUAGACCAUCCCCAUGCCCAUGAAGUUUUUACAGAUGAACUUCCAACUUUGAAUGCAUGCCAACAGGGAAACGCAAGGGGAAAAAGGGUCUCUGAACAUUUCCCGCACGCACUAUUAUCAUUAAUGAUAAUGAUAAUUCAUGUACAAUUUUACUCUAUCAGCAAUAAAUCUAGAAUUCAAUCCAACUUCACAAAGCGGGGAUUUUUUAUAAAAGGCACGGAACUGCAAUUCGUUCCAUCAAAUUUACGAACAAGUUGUCGGUUACUCUCUAUAUGACUACGAACAACAGGUUAUAAUUACAUUGAACAAGAUAAUAAAAAGGCGCUAAGCUUUGUAACAAUUAUAUACCUCAAGUCCUAACUGCUGCAAAGUAGGAGCUUCAAAAAAUCAACUUAGCAAUCCCAUAUUUAAGAACAAAACACUUGUAUUGGGGAUGAUUAUUAACUAGAACUGGCCGUCGAUGAUCAUAUCCUUUGCUAAUAUAUCGGCUUGUACAAAA